AUCGUGCCUCUCGUUCAGGGGCAUUUCGACUGAGGACGAGCGAGCGAGCGAGUGAGCACGCAGUCUCAGCGCUGCCAUUCGCCUCGCGCCUGCAGCUCAGGGAUGAGGAGACGAGGGUAGGACACGGCAGGGAACAGGGCGCGCGCUCGCCAUGCGCAGGUGACAGAUGCGGCGUCCUGCCAACAACAGACUGCUUCUCUCGAGCUUAAUAUCUGACCCCUCCGAGCUCCGAGACACCUGGCCAUAGAGGAACGGUUGGACUCUCUUUCUCUCUCUAUCUCUGGACUCUCACUUUGUGUUUGUAUUCUAUCUCUUUCUCUAUCUUAUUCUCCCUCUUUCUGGGGGUCCCGGCCGGGGAGUCCCUAAGAUGCUCCUCCACUGCCUUCACAACCGCUCAGCCUCCACUGCCCAUGCCCCUGCCUCUCCAGCCGCCGCCGUGGCUCCUGUUCGUGCCGGGAAGCCUCUCGGCGAUCUGCCGCAGCUGCUGCAUGCGCGUGCCCCCAAAGCUUCAUGGCUCCCUCAUUAGGGGUCCCCUCGCGAAACAGGUGUCAGGGAAGUGACGUGGGCAGGCCCGGAAGCCGGAGGUGGGCGCUCGAGAGAGCAAGAUGGCCGCGAAGUCCGACGGUCGGGGGGUCGUCACCGGCUUCGCCCAGCUGCACAACUUGGACGAGGUGGGCGCGGGCGGCUGCGGCGGGGACGACCCGCGCGCGGGCAGCUCCUUCCACAUCUGCCACUGCUGCAACACGUCGUCCUGCUACUGGGGCUGCCGGAGCGCCUGCCUGCACUACCUGCAGGGCAGGCAGCGGCGGGGGGGCGGCGGUGGAGGUGCUGGAGGUGGAGAAGGUGAGGAGGAUGGAGAGGAAGACGGCGCGCGCCAGCGGCGGCCCCCCGACGGCGAGGAGCGUCUGUGGCUGGACUGCUUGUGGAUCGUGCUGGCGCUGCUGGUCUUCUUCUGGGACGUGGGCACGGACGUGUGGCUGGCCGCCGACUACUACUCCAAGCGGGACUACCUCUGGGGCGGCCUCACGCUCUUCUUCGUGCUCGUGCCCUCCGUGCUCGUGCAGAUCCUCAGCUUCAGGUGGUUCGUGCAGGACUACACGGGGGGCGGCCUGGGCGCCGUGGAAGGGCUGAGCAGCGGGCGCCGGGCGGCGGCGGACUGGAGCGCCAAGGGCCGCUGCUGCCGGAUCUCCGUGUGGCUCUGGCAGGCGCUCAUCCACGUUCUUCAGAUGGGACAAGUGUGGAGGUAUAUCCGCACCAUGUACCUUGGCAUACAGAGUCGCAGGCGAAAGGAGAACCAGCGACGUUUCUACUGGGCUAUGAUGUACGAGUAUGCUGAUGUGAACAUGCUCCGACUCCUUGAGACCUUUCUGGAGAGUGCCCCACAGCUCGUACUUCAGCUCUGCAUCAUGAUCCAGAAGAACCGUGCCGAGACACUGCAGUGCAUGUCAGCUGUGGCCUCCCUCUUGUCCCUCUCUUGGGUGCUGGCCUCUUACCACAAGCUUCUGCGCGACUCUCGCGAUGACCAAAAGAGCAUGAGCUACCGAGGAGCUCUGGUGCAUCUCUUGUGGCGCCUUUUCACCAUUUCCUCGCGGGCGCUUUCCUUCGCGCUCUUCGCAUCAGUUUUCCACCUCUACUUUGGCAUUUUCGUGGUGCUGCACUGGUGUGCCAUGGCCUUCUGGGUGAUCCACGGUGGCACUGACUUCUGCAUGUCCAAGUGGGAGGAGGUGCUCUUCAACAUGGUGGUUGGCGUGGUCUACAUCUUCUGCUGGUUCAACGUCAAGGAGGGCAGGACCCGAUACCGCAUGGUGGCCUAUUACUCCCUGGUGCUGGUGGAGAACACCAUCCUGACUGCCCUGUGGUACGCCUACAGAGACCCAACUACCACCGACUCCUAUGCCGCCUCCAUCCUGUGCGGCGUCUUCCUGUGCUUCGCCUCGGGAGUGGCCUGCAUGAUCCUUUACUAUGGGGUCUUGCACCCCAUGGGGCCAAGGCUGAGGGUCUUGGCUAGUUCCUGUUGUGCUGAGCUCCUCUGGGGCCUUCCUUUGCCCCCCGAAGCUGAGCCUAUGGCCCCCACCCCAGGGCCCCGUGGCUCUCAAGCCACCCCUACCAGGGGCAUGGCUUCGGGGGACUACGGAGAAUUAGAGGAGGCUGCCACAGACACUUGUCUGCCUGUGUUCCAGGUGAGGUCCAUGGAACCCACAGACGAAGCAGGCAGGCCAAUUCGGCCCGAGGGGCCCCUCAUUAAAAUUGACAUGCCCAGGAAGCGCUACCCAGCCUGGGACGCGCACUUUGUAGACCGACGCCUACGGCGGACAAUAAAUAUCCUCCAGUACAUCAGCCCCAAUGCAGUGGGCAUCAGGUACAGGGAUGGGCCUCUCCUCUACGAGCUGCUCCAGUAUGAGUCCUCCCUAUAAAGGCAGUCUCUGCCAUCCUCUCUCUCUCUUUCUCUCUCUCUCUCUCUCUCUCUCUCUGUCUAGCUCUAUUUCUCUCUUCCUCUCUCAGAGUCUCCCUCUCAUUCAGUCUCUGCUCCACUUCUCUCCAUUUGGUGCUUAUUUUCCCUCUUUUUGAUUCAGUUACACUGUCAAGCUAUUAGAAUAUAUCUAAAGGUCUAAAAAGAGUUUAAACAGAGAAUUAACAUUUAUUUUCACAAAUACAAAGAAAAAAAAAACGUAUUGCCGAAAAGGAGUACAAAGUCACAAAUACAGUGUUUCCUAAACCUGGCCCUUGUUAUGGUGUGAGUGUUCUAAUGCUGUGUAUGUUUGAUGGUGUCCGUGUCCCUGUCAGCUCUGAGACGUGCUCUGAGAAGCCUCAUGGGAAUGAUGGAGGACCAUAAUACUCAUCAUCGUCUUUUGGGUUUCCAGUAACUAUUUUGUGCCUAUAUAAUUGUGAGUGAUUGUGAAGGAAGAAAAAGUUGACUAAAAAAUGAUCAACACAAUCUAAACAGUUUAAAAGCACAUUUAAGGUUUGUAAAUCAAAAGCACACAAUCAACCAGCAUGUUUUCCACAUCUCUUCUUCCUUUAAGUUGAUAAGAGGGCAAAUGUUCUAGAUAAUUGUAGGUUUCAAUGACAAAUUUUGCUUAACUUUCACCUUUUUUUAAUUAGCUUAACAUUUAACAAACUACUGUGUCUUGGAUUAUGGAUAUACAGAAUAUGCAAAGGUUUGGGGACCCCUGGUCAAAUGGAUCAUUUUGUUGAUUUUCUAAGUGAACAAAUCCUAUUCAGUGAACAAAUAUAAAUGUGCAAUUUUUUAGAUCCUUUUAGUGCACAAUAUCUGUUUACUUUCCAAUAUUCUAAAUUUGUACUUUAAACUGUGCGGAAGUGUUUUGUCAUUGUUUUUGCAUUUUGUUUUUCACUUCACAAAAUCAAUCAACAUGUCAUUUGACCAAAACAUGGCCAACAUAUUUGCAGAAGGCUGUAUGCUAGAUGUUUACAUGUAAGUGGAUUUAAUUCUUACAGUUGUGUGCAGAUGUUUGGGUAUCCUUGGACAAAUGUUUGUAUUAACUGACAAGUAGUAAACAUAGUCUCUAUAUGUGAUUACACAUAAAAAAUGUUCAGCAAAUCCUAAUGCUUCAUAUUCUCACAUAAUCAGAUAAAUCACAAAAAAAGAAAUCUAAAUCAUCAGCUUGGCCAAUGUAAACACCCCCUAGGUAUUAGACCUUGAUUUCUGAGUUGAGGUCUGAGGCAUGUCACCAUGCAAUUAGGAGCUGUCAACUGAAUCAAUUAUCCAAGCUUUAUAAAUUCCCUGACUCCUUUAGCAUGGGUCCUUUUAAGCAAAUGUUGAGUGUCAAAAGAUCUGAAAACAAAAGUAAUUGAUGCUGACAGGCAAAAGAAAGUUCUGAGAUGAAACUGCUCAUAUGCUGAUGAGACAGGGAAAUCCAAAUCCCCACAUUACUGCCAAGAAAGAGCAGAAAACUUUAGCUGAGUCAAGAGCAUGAUGCACAGUUUUGCUCUGCAGCAUUGCUUCCAAAAAUAUAAUCUUCAUAUAUUAGUCAUGAAAAGGAAACCUUACCUGCGACAUUGUCACAAAACCCAGUGUUUAAAAUAUGCUACAGAGCAUCUAAAUAAGCCAGGUGAUGUUGUUGAUUCCAACUGCAUUUUAAACUGUUUUUCAUUGAAAUCUGUCAAAUACAGAUGUUGUUUUACUAUUAAGGCCAAGGCUGUCUAAUAUUCUGCAUACAACUAAAUUCCAAUAAUUAAAUCUAAACAAAUCACCAUCCUCAAAUAACGAGUGAUGACAUGGUUCUCCAAUCGUUGUAUAGGUUUGGGCAAAUAACACUGCCAGAGGCAUUUUACUGAAUAAGAAGGCCUUAAGGUAUCCAUAUUAAAUGCCUUUACAUUUGUGUAUUUUUCAUAUUGUACCCAAUAGUAGAGUGACGUCUGCUGGUCUGAGUUUUAUGUGCGAGUGUUUACAUUUUGCCCAUUUAUUGCAUUUUUGUGUAAUUCUUUAUAAACAAUAGCACAAUAAUGAAAUAUUUUGCAUAUAUGGCUAAAGGCUUGUUAAAGAUGUGUAUUUUUUAUUUAAAACUAAUUCUAAUAAAUAAGUAGUUCCCAAAGAUUGGAAGGAUCAGGGUUUUUAGAAAACAAUGGAUACAAAUGGAAAACACCAACACCAACAACGUAUGAAAUAAUAAUAAUAAUAAUAAUAAUAAUAAUAAUAAUAAUAAUAAUAAUUUGUGUACUAUAAUUUAUUGUCAUAAUUGUUAGAAAUAAGUCGCACACGUUUCAUUCCUACCUUAUGGCUGACACAAAAAGUGAAAUUCUUGCAAAAUGUGGUGCUAACAUUAAUCUCUACGAAUCCUCCAUCAUUCCCUACUCAAUGAAGGUUCCAGCUCUAAUGACUUAAACUAAAAAAAAAAAAAAAACAUUUGUAAAUUAACUAUUAUCACUGUCAGUUUUUGACUAGAAGGUAUAUUCAUAUUAUUUUGAUGUGCAUUCAAAUAUUUACAAAUGAUUUAUCAGGUAAUUUCAGGUUACUUUACCUGAAAUGAAUCUGACUUUUCUUAAGAAUGCAUGCUAAGGCUGUGCACUUUGACGAGUAAUUGGGUCUCAGUAUAUAUGCCAGCCAAUGUGUGAGUUUCAAUGGUGCUUCUCUUUUUGCAAAAUAAUUGGAACAAAGCCCUGCCACAUUAUCAUCAAUUUCCAGUACGUAGACCAUUUUGCCUCUGAGAAAAACGUAAAACUGAGCUUGAAUGUGGUAUUAACAGAAAUUUUGAGGAUGUAAUAGGUUUGCCACAGGGACUGAUGUCAAUGCACAAAUAUUAGUCUCAGCCACAGAGUAAAAAAUCUUUUAUUUUCCUUUUCCUCCAAUAAUUCUUUUUAAAAACGUGCUAACAUGCAUCUUACCAAGUACAGCAAAUAUAAACAUGCCAAUUUACCACAAAAAAUGGAGACAUGGGCUACUACAGACCCCUUUGUGCCUGCUGUGAUCUCAGACUGUUUGUGGUAGGUGGGGUGAGGGGCUUUUGCCAGGGAUGGAAAAGAAUCAGUUCUAUUCCAUCUGUCUCUGGGUCUGGUGUCCAGUCAUUCGGCUCCAUCCUUGGUUGCUGCUUUGGCCCUUACACCCCUAUUACGUGAGUGUGAUUGGGAACAUUCUGAUACAGAGGUUAUAUCUGGAGACAGCAGCCUGGGUUCAUAAACUAGCCUAAGGGAUUGAAAAUCAUAUAGCACAGGGAACCGUUUGCAAUGUAUCAUAUUUUUCAGUAGUAUAUCUUCCAAAUCCUGUUGUUUUGAAUUUAUCUAUCAUGCACACUUCUAGACACAGAUACAUUUUUGGUCGGAGAUUAAAUUAUAAAUUUAGAGGCUGCACUCAACUGUAGUCUAAAAAAAGAAUAGUCUUAAAAAUAAAGAUUCCAAAGUGGGAAAAAAUCUUUAAUUAAGGCUAAACAGUAACAUUAUUUUUGAUAUUCAUCAUUCCAGUUCUCAGUGCCCCUCAAAUCUCAGCAAACAGAAACUGAACAAAAAUGUGGAUUCAUUGAAAUGUAACAUUCACAUGUUGAAAAGGCAUUGUUCCCAUUUGACACCUUUAUUUUUAAGAGUGUAGACCUGGUAUAGCUUGUGUAACUCAUAUGAUCUACCUUCCCCCAGACUGUCCCUAAGCUCUUAUGGUUGCUGUUAGGCCCACAGGUCUCUGCAGCUCUUCUAGGUGCUCAGCACAUCAUUGCACUGUUGUUUGCUGGGAUUUCACAACCCUCCUAUUGUAUGAUUCAUGAUGGUGUGAAUGAUUAAAUGGCCGCGAUGGUUGGAUGACUUGGCUGCCUGGCAUCUGAUAGUGUGUUCACACUUCAUGUAGGGUCUCAGUUACUACGGGAUUAACACUCUUCGAGGAGAGAGAUAAACAAUGAACCAGGUGCAAAUACACUGUGAUUCCUCUUUCCCUUGUUCCGCUUGUUCACUGCUGUUUCUGAAUGGAUUUGACAGGGAGAUUGGCGGGAGGAUGUGGCAUGCAGAAAUUCAGAAUACGUUUGUUUAGAUUACUGCCUUACAAGACAAUAAAUCACAGUCGAAUCGCUGUAUAUAUACAAUAAAUAGACACUGAAUUCAUAGACUAUUAGAUUUUCAAGCCCUUCACCGCAAUGAUUUAUGUACACCAAAAAGGGUGCGCAACAUCAGCCCUCUAAUAUUACACCUUUUGUGGUGCCUUGUUUCUCUGGGUGCUUCUAUCUAGCCAUGGCAGCCAGUACAGCAAACAACAAUGCCAGUGUCUCUUUCUCUUUUCAUACUACACACAGUACUGUAACCAAAAGAAUCAGCUUCAGCUUAAACCCACAAAUACAAUGGGUUCGAUGUAAUGACAUUCCUGUCUUUGGGCAAAACUAAAUUACCAGUGUGUUAUGAAUGCAAGGCAAUACUUAACAUCGACUUGAAUGUUGGGUUGUAUGUUUUUCUAGUUGGAAAAGAUGUACAGACAGCCUCAGUCUACUCCUUUUGGUUAAAAUUGGAUUCAAUAAGGGAUCACAAUGUCCGUCAUUCUACAGGGUUCUCUCAAGUAAUAGAACGACAGUGAUGAAGAAAUUUAGCAGUUUAUUUGAUGAGUGUUAAUGUAUUUCUGUCUAUGCCUUCCUCUGUCUUGCAAGAUGAAUGAUCUGUAGUGCCAACAAGUUAACCUUCUCUGUCUGCUGUUUGUCUCUGUGAACAAAAUGUCUAGCCAAAUGGAUUUAUGCCUGCAAAAAAAAAAAAGACAAAAACAAAAAAAAACUAAACUAUGUAGGAAAAUACGAAUAGGAGAAAUGUUGUUUGUAGACAAGGUGCUCACUGGAUCAAAUAUUUUAACCUGUAUCUGAGAUGGUAUUGGAAGCAUCGAAGGCCUGUAGUGCUGAAUCACUGACUGCCCUGACAUCACCCGGCUUCCUAGCAUGCCCACAGAAUGCAUCCAACGGUGACGCCUCCGAUAUGUUUGCAUGUUAGUUUUCUUCAGUGCAAUGUUUUGCCCAUUCCCUGGGUUCUUCGACAGCAUUGCAGAGUAGCAGCUCAUCUACUGCACUGGGUUUAGUUCUGACCUUCCUUGUACAUUUGUGUCACAACCAUCUGUAUUAAAACAGAGCCAAAAGUUCUUUAGAUUAAAAAAAAAAAAGAAGAAGAAGAAGAAAUCAAAUGGUGCAUUUCUGUUUCUUGAUCUGGUGCUUACACAUAUUCUAAAGGUGCUACCACACAAUGUGGACUGCAGGACCUGUGUUGUGGCUCUCAGAGCAAGGCCACCAUCUGAAGAACCCUGAUUCUUUAAGCUCACGGACUUUCUCAGCUCUGGAAGAACAAGCACCUCAACACAGUUUACAGCUGAACUUCAUUUUUUGAAAUACGGUGGCACUUAUUUUGUUCGCAACCUGCACAAAGAAACAACAGUGGAUAAAGAAUAUAUUGUAUAUUGGUUUUACCUUUUUGUAUUUUGGGUUGUCUCUGUUUUUGUAUCCUUACUUUGAAUAUGAUUUUUUUAUCUGCACUAUGGUUUCUCUUCAGAGAAAAAAAAAGUGAGAAAGAUGCAUCAAUUUGACAUUCAUCCAGUGGCAUAAAAGUAAUGCUGAUAAAAAGGAAUCACUAAAAAUAUAGAAGGUGAUUGCUGUGUUGUAUAUUCCUGUCAUCUCUAUGUCCUAAACCUGUGUGUAACUCUUCUGUUAUUGUUCUUGUAGAUCUGGCUGUAAUAUUACGUUGGAAAAUGAUCUUAUCAGUGGAUAUGGUUGUCAGAAGAAUUUGCUGCUGAUUUUAGAUUUGUUAUGAAUGCUGUUGGAGAUGGGCUUGAAUAAUACUGAUUCUAUUUUAGAUUGUGUUAGAUUGUCAAUGUAUCUGAUGAGUAUAUAAUGAUAUCCUGAAUUUAAAUGGGGGGUAUUUAAGAGAGUCGACACAGAAUUAUUUAGCCAAUUUUUGCUACAGUGUGCAGCAUUUUAUUUUUUUAUUCUCUGACUAUAUUAAUUUAUUAUGUUAAAAACAUAAACAAUGGUUUAUUUGAUGUUGUCAAAUAUAAAUGAAAGUAAAUUGUUUUGUUGAAUGGAUUUACUAUUUUUUUUUAAAGCAAAUUUGAUGUCCAGUAUUCUGGGAACAACAUCAACGAUGUUAAUAACAUACGGUGCUACAGUUGUUUUUCUGUUUGUUUGGUUUUUUUUUUUUCUUUUUUGUAUACUUUGAUUUUUAGAUUAAAAAAGGAAUAUUACAACAGAAGAAAAGAAAUAUACUUGUCAAGCCUUAUAGAUCAUGAUAUGAGACUGUUCAUCUCUUAAGACAGAAAAUGAAUAUAGUAUUUGAAAGUGAGUACAAAUAGCUAUACCAUAAAAUGUAUACUGUACACACAUGCACAGUUUGCCCAAUGACAGAUCAAAAGUGGUUAUAUACAGAUGUAUAUGUACAGAUGUGUAUGUGAAUGUACUGACAUGAUAGAGAUAGAUUUCCCAGAGUAACAAAUUGUUGUUUAAUAAAGAAUUAUUACAUUCUAUAA